UUUCAAUCUCGCCCCCACGUUUAUCUUCCCCUGGCUUUUAAUCGGUUUCUUUGUCUCUUCUGCUGCAGAAUCGAUCGGAAGAUGUCAGGAGUGCAGAAUGGUUACCAACUAACAGAAGCCAAGGCCAUCAUGAGUCGGCUAAAAACUAUCAAGAAGGACAUUAGUACGGGCGAGAAAGAGAAACAAGAUCUGAUGCAGAGUCUCGCUAAACUGAGGAGUAGAUUCCAGUCCAACCAACACGUGGGAAGCUCAGAGUCGGACCUGCAGUCUAAUCCGAGCAGUUCCCAUCUCUCCAUACCCAGGCGCUGCCUCGAUGCCGGCUCACAAACCAAUAUCAUUGGAGACUUUGGACCAAAAAGCCAGGCCAACUUGGCAGAGAGUGUCAGACUGAGUCUUCAAUAUGAAGAAGCAAAGAGAAGAAUAGCGAAUAUAAAGAUCGAGCUGUCGAGGCUGGACUCGGAGGCGUGGCCAGGGCUACUGGACGUUGAGCGAGACAAGUUGAUGUUGAUGAACGAGAAGGAGGAGCUGCUGAAGGAGCUGGAGUUCGUGACGCUACGCAACUGCCCCAGCGAGGAGUGCGAGCGGCUGGAGCAGCGCAGGAGGCGGCUGGAGGGGGAACUGCACUCCGCUCCCUGCACCAGCACACACGCACUGGCCCAGAGGUUAAAGUUACAAGAGAAGAGAAAGUGUCUGGUGCAACAGCUGGAGGAGGUGACCCAACUAACCUUGUUCCUGCACUCACAGCUCAAGAGCCUUUCUGCGAGCACGUUGAGCUUGUCUUCGGGGAGUAGCCUGGGAUCGCUGGCCUCGAGCCGCGGCUCGCUCAACACCUCCAGCAGAGGUUCUUCCCUCAACUCGCUGAGUUCCGCCGAGCUGUACGGCAGCCUCUCGGACCAGCCGGCGCUGGACCCGGACACCCAGUACAAGCUGGACUUCAUGCUGCAGGAGAAGGCGACCUACAACCCCUCCGCCAUCGCCACCAUCCACGAGCACGAGGUGGCACGGGGACCGGGCGCGUCGAGCCCCCCCUUGAGUUCCAGGUCCUCGCUCUGCUCCCUGUCGCCCCCCGGCUCGCCACUGGUCUCGGACGUGGCCUUCCUGCCACCGGCGCAAGACUCGCCGCUCCACCGGCCGACGGGGGUCUCCGAGGAGCGCCGAGCGGCCUGGGACUUUGCCUUUCUCGAACCCUACGGUGACGGCAGUGGAGAUGGGGAGAGCCAAGCGUUGGUGGGACCAGGGAAAGUCAGCCAUAACCUGGACCCUGGCAUCCAGGGCAGUGGUGGCCAGAGCAGUGAUGAACCGGAGCAACCUCUCACCACGCCAAACAAUGGCAGCGCAGGUAUUGACUUGGUGCGGAGUGCGGGGGGAGAAUUACUUGAAGAGAAAGUGCCCUGUGUUUCAGCUGCCGUCUCUGAUGAGUCCGUUGCUGGAGACAGUGGCGUUUACGAGGCCUCGAUCAAAAGGCCAAGUGAAACAGAAGAUGCUAUUUAUGAUGAUGAUGAGACUUCUCCAUUGGAAGCAGUUCAAAUCCAGAUUGGAUUGAAGUAUGAUCCCAACCAUGGAAGCUUCAUCAUAAUUCUGAUACAACUGAGGAAUCUGACUGCUUUGCUUCUGCCUACUGGGUGUAAAGUGUACGUCAGAGCAGCGCUGCUCCCCAGCCCGAGCGACUCCAGCAGCCUGUUUCGCACCAAGGUCCAGAGUGUCGCCCGGACUCUGGUCCUCAGGGAGGUGUUCAGGGUGGACAUCGCCCGGGCCGCUCUGCGCCAGAAGACGCUGCGAGUGGACGUGUGCACCGUGGGCGAGGCGCGGUUGGACGACUGUCUGGCCGCCACCCAGAUCAGCCUGGCCGACCACGGCAGCGGAGGGGAUAUGUCCACGUGCUGGUACAACAUGCUGCUCUACAAGAACGUGGACAUUCAACACAGCUGCAGCAAGGCACAGAGAAGGGGUACCUCCCUCGCGUCACAGCCUUGCCGCACUCUGGACAAGGAUGCAGUGUCUGUCCUGCUGGAGAGAAUGUCUGUGGAGCUCCUGGCAGUGGAGAAGGAGUUGGUGACACCGGACAGAGGGCUGCGGUUGCUGGGGGCAGACAGGACUGGAGUUGGGGAGGAAGGAGGUGGCAGUGGUGUGGAGGUGGAGGUGGAGGUGGAGGUGGAGGUGGAGGUGGAGGUGGAGGAGCGAGCGGCUGCAACUCAGGAACCAUCUCAGAGAGAGAGUGAUAAAGACAGACCAGGCGAGAGGGAGCCCAGCACAACACCGCCCAUACUGGUGGACAAGGAGAUGAACACGGAUGAAUCUACGGUGGAGUAUGUGUCUGUCCGUACCAAGGAGAGGGCCAGCCUGGGCCAGCGGCACAACAACUUUGUGAGGAGCAGCAUGAUCGUGAGAUCACAGACCUUUUCCCCAGGGGAAAGAAACCAGUAUAUCUGCAGGUUGAACCGCAGUGACAGCGACAGCUCCACGUUAGCCAGAAGAUCGCCGUUCGUGCGUAACGCCAAGGAGCGACGAAGUUUGAGAGUUAAAAGGCCUCUAUGCCAGCCACUGGUGAGAAGGAUGGCUGAGCCUCCGGUUCACACUUCCCUGGACUUGGAGCUGGAUCUCCAAGCCUCACUGACGCGGCAGUGCCGGCUCAACGAUGAACUCCGGCGCCUCAGGGAGCUGAAGGCCCGGUUGGAGGAGGUGAAAGCGAAGGGAGAGACCCGGCUCCCCGCCUGGGCGGUGGAGGACGGAAGGUUCCAGAAGCUGCUGAAACAAGCAGAAAAACAGGCCGGCCAGAGCAAAGAGGACCAGAGGAAAGAGUGGAGGACUGAGAAGAUGAUGAGGCAAGCAUCGAAGGAGGUGUGCAGACUCCGUGAACAGAGCCACAAGGAGCUGCAGCAAGUCCACACGUUCAGGGAGAAGAUGGCGUUCUUCACGAGAGCAAAGAUCAGCGUUCCCUCACUACCUGCUGAUGAUGUCUGAUAUUGUUCAGAUUACCAAGUGUUUUUCAACAUUUUAGCGGAUUUUGAUAGCUGGCUAAAAGUCUUUCCCACCAUUCUAAUAUUAUAGAUGUAAAACAUUUGUAAAUUAAUUGCAAUUGAAUACCUAUGUAAGUAAAAAGAGAAGGGGGGGUUUUUUGUCUUAAUAAAAAAAACAAGGUACAUGUCCACCACUAAUAUUCUGGCCAAAGACACUUGAGGAGCUCCUCUAAGUAUCUUUGAUUCUGGCUAUUGGAGUUCCGUCAUCACCUUUAAUCCGGACAAAAUUACGAGAGAGCGCUUGAAAUCCCCCCCCCCCUUCCCCUCGCCUGGAAGUCUCCCCGAAAAUGUGUCGCCUAGGCCGGGUGAGGCGGCCAAUCUCGACCUCAUCGGGACUUCCGCUGCCGAUCAGCGGGUGGAAUCUGCCCCCUGCAGCCGGGGCUCUGGAACUCCGGCCCGGCAGGAGCUGGCAGAUCUGUUCCCAUAGCCGACUUCCGAAGCCGACUUUGCGGUGCCGGUAUCUCUGCCCCCCCGGGCUCCUCUCGGAGGCAGUGACCUCUGUUGGUCCGGCAACACAAAUCAUCCAGAAAGACUCCGUGACCAAGGGUGCCGGAAAAUCAGUGGUGGACCUGUCACAUAAUUCUGAAGCGUUCGUGCUAAUUUUGUACAGUUUGUGUGUGAUUUCUGGAGUGCUUCUGUUUUGUAAAGAAAGGAAUGAGAAUGGAGACAGUUUGGGAAAAAAAUGUAUUCUGUUGAACAGCACUACAUUUUAGAAGAGAAAUCCCCCC